GCCACAAGUCUAUUUCUCCACAGUGUUUUUGCACGGCGGGACAUCACGGAGAGACGAGUGAUCCUCCUUAACCACACGCGAACUAAUCGGAGGGCUUCCGUUUGAUUCAGCCAAUCAGUGCGAGGAGCGCUGCAGCUUAUAAACCCAUCUGCUGCCGAGCCUUCUUCGUUCACUGUCCCCGCUGUCCUAUGAAUCAUUGACCAAGCUGCAUCAUUUGAACUACCGCAAUCGUGAAGAUGGCGGCCCGGGUCGUAAUUUUUUUUAAGACCAUGCAAGCGGCGCGAUGUCCAACAGAUGAGCUUUCGUUGACUAAUUGUGCCGUGGUGAGCGAGAAGGAUCUGCAGUCCGGACAACAUGUGACUGUGAAGACCACACCCAAUCACAAGUUUGUGUUUACAGUGAAGACCCACCAUACUGUGUCUCCUGGAAGCAUAGCCUUCAGCCUGCCACAGAGGAAAUGGGCUGGUCUCUCCAUUGGCCAGGAGGUGGAAGUGGCCAACUACAACUUUGACAAGUCCAAGCAGUGCAUUGGCGCCAUGACAAUCGAAAUCGACUUCCUUCAGAAGAAGAGUACUGACUCUUCCCCCUACGACUCAGACAAGAUGGCCGCUGAGUUCAUCCAGCAGUUCAACAACCAGGCAUUCUCUGUCACCCAGCAGCUCGUGUUCAGUUUCUGUGACAAGCUGUUUGGUUUGAUGGUAAAAGAUAUCGAGGCCAUGGAUGCCAGCAUCCUCAGAGGAGAAACAGCGUCUGGAAAGAAACAGAAGAUUGACAUAGGACUGAUGGUGGGCAACAGCCAGGUGAUCUUUGAGAAGGCAGAGAGUUCAUCCCUCACACUAGUUGGAAAGGCAAAGACCAAGGAGGCACGACAGACAAUCAUCAACCCAGAAUGGAACUUUGAGAAGAUGGGAAUUGGAGGUCUGGACAAAGAAUUCUCCAGCAUUUUCCGCAGAGCCUUUGCUUCCAGAGUCUUCCCUCCAGACAUUGUGGAGCAGAUGGGGUGUAAGCACGUGAAGGGCAUCAUGUUGUUUGGGCCUCCAGGCUGUGGUAAAACACUGAUGGCUAGGCAGAUCGGCAAGAUGCUCAACGCCCGCGAGCCUAAGGUGGUCAACGGCCCCGAAAUCCUUAACAAGUACGUAGGAGAGUCCGAGGCCAACAUCCGCAAACUGUUCGCUGAUGCAGAGGAAGAGCAAAAGAGGCUGGGAGCCAACAGUGGGCUCCAUAUUAUCAUCUUUGACGAGCUGGAUGCCAUCUGCAAGCAGAGAGGCACAGGCGCCAGCAGCACGGGCGUGCACGACACAGUGGUCAACCAGCUCCUGUCUAAAAUUGACGGCGUGGAACAACUUAACAACAUUCUGGUCAUCGGUAUGACCAACCGGCCUGACUUGAUAGAUGAUGCCCUAAUGAGGCCUGGCAGAUUUGAGGUCAAGAUGGAAAUUAGUCUGCCUGAUGAGAAGGGGCGUGUCCAGAUCCUUACUAUCCACACCAACAAGAUGCGAAGCUUUAACUUGCUCGCUCCCGAUGUCGACAUUAAAGAACUGGCAGCCGAAACUAAAAACUACAGUGGUGCCGAGCUGGAGGGGUUGGUCAGGGCUGCUCAGUCCACUGCCAUGAACCGACACAUCAAGGCCACAUCUACAGUGGAAGUAGACAUGGAGAGAGCAGAGAAGCUGCAGGUUACCAGGAGCGACUUUAUGGGAUCCCUCAACAAUGACAUAAAACCGGCGUUUGGUACAAACCAGGAGGAUUACUCCAACUACAUCAUGAACGGCAUUAUCAAAUGGGGUGACCCAGUCACUCACGUCCUGGACGAUGGAGAGCUGCUGAUACAGCAGACCAAGAACAGUGAUCGCACACCACUGGUGGCUGUGUUAUUGGAGGGCCCACCCCACUGUGGAAAGACAGCCUUGGCAGCUAAGAUUGCAGAGGACUCGCAGUUCCCCUUUAUUAAGAUCUGCUCUCCAGAAAAGAUGAUUGGAUACUCAGAGAUCGCCAAGUGCCAGGCAAUCAAAAAGGUCUUUGAUGAUGCUUGUAAGUCACAGCUCAGCUGUGUGGUGGUGGAUGACAUUGAGCGUCUGCUGGACUACGUCCCCAUUGGGCCUCGUUUCUCCAACCUGGUACUUCAGGCUCUACUGGUGCUGCUGAAGAGAGCUCCGCCAAAGGGUCGAAAGCUGCUCAUCAUCGGCACCACCAGCAGGAAAGAUGUUCUGCAGGAGAUGGAGAUGUUGGACGCCUUCAGCACCACCAUCCACAUUCCCAACAUCUCCACUGGGGAGCAGCUAGUCGACGCUUUAGAGCUGCUGGGGAGCUUCACCGACAAAGAGCGGGCCAACAUUGCCCAUCAGCUCAAAGGGAAGCGAGUCUGGAUUGGCAUCAAGAAGCUCCUCGUGCUCAUUGAGAUGUCGCUGCAGAUGGACCAGGAGUACAGAGUGACCAAGUUCCUGUCGCUGCUCAGAGAUGAGGGGGCGUUGAACGAAGGCGAUCAAAUCCGAAUUUAAGCUGUUGGCCGCUCUUGCUGUGCAGUGUGAUCGCAGCUUCUAUGAGUAGAGGGGGUGAAGGAUUGAAGCAAGCAUCGGGCCACUAACAAGCCACCUGUUGGACAAAAUGAGGAAUAGGAAGAAAAGAUCUCCCUCUUGUCCACCUACCCAGUGAUCCAUGCGUCCAUCAAUCCACUUAAAUACACACCUGGUCAAAGAAAGGACACUUACAAUUACUCUUUAUCUUAGCAUGUUUCCGUAGUCAAUACCACUGUACUAUCAAGUUUACUUCAUUGACAUAUCCCAGCAAAGUACUGGAAGUCAUACUGUUAAAAAAUCUGUUAUCUGUGAAGAAAUCGCAAUAGAUGAUUGUAAAAAAAAAAUCGGUUUUGUGCAUUGUGCGUAAAAAUAACCCAAAAAAAGAAUCCAUGUAUGUUUUCAGCUAUAGUAUUUGUUGUAUUGGUUGCAUAUCCCUUGUCCUGCUAAAGAUAGUUAUAGUUAGUGCGAUAUGUAUCCUCACAAACCGAAGCGGAAUCAAAAGAACAAAUCCAAAACUCACAGAAAAUCCCCAAGCUAUUUGAAUAUUUCAGACUUGAAUCUGUGACAUGUUUUUAAUGAAUAUAUUGUGAUUGUUAAAAAAAUAAGUUGUUCCAUGUGUAAAUGUAAACCCUUUUAAUAUACAGUAUGUAACUUGAUAAUCUUCUGUACAUAGUAUAUAUAGACAAAAUGCAUAGACAAAAUGCAGUAUGACUUUAAAUGAUCGGUUUCAAGUCUAUUUCGUACUAUAUCAGUAUGAUUCUUCUUCCCUAUUGCUCCAGAGACGUUGACUUUACCAGGUUACUGUAAUAGUGAAAGUAAAUGUUAGAUUGUUGGCCUGUCUGUUCGUGUUGCUUACAGUACAGUUCAGUCUAGCUAUUAUUGCGACGGCAUCAUCAGUGUUAAAAAAAAGGUCAACACUUUUAACAUUGCCUUUAGUAAUUAAGUCAGCAGGUCUUCACAGGAACACAAAGAUAGUGUCCGCUCGUGUGCAUGUGUGGGGAAUUUAACGCUGCAUGUGUCCAUUGUGUCAGAGAGUGUGUGUAUGAGUGUAUGGCGGCAGAACAUGCUUUUGGAUGUGAGCUUGUGUGUGUUUUAGUGUUUGUGUGUUUGUGUGUGUGUGCACAUUUAAAUCCAGGUUUAGACAGCCAGUGGUUAAUUUGUGGGGUUUUUCUCAUGUCACAUGUUCAGUGCUUAUUGUCCAAAGUUGUUAUUUUGUUCUGACCAUUGACAAUGUGUGUGUUUGUGUAAAUAUACCAACAUGCAGAUGUAUUAUUGCAAUAAAAAGCACAGAUGCACAGGA